AUGGGUCUGGUACUCCAGAUUAAGGGGAAGGAUCCCAAACUCACGCUUAGCUCGCUGCAUAGAAACGCCAUAGCCAGGAACUUCACCAAAGAGGUGCAACCUCAACCUGACGACGUCGUUUUCUGGGAGGAGGAGUUUCACACGCUCUGCACCCUCUCUGCCUACAAAGACAAUGCCUUUCACCCCUGGGAAAUCGCUUUCUCUCUCUUCAAUGGUUUGAAUCAAAGGUCAAAGACUAAGGUUCCCAUGGUAGGAAUUGCGACUUUGAAUCUGGCUGAAUUUACAUCUGUGGUUGAUCAAAAGGAUUUUGAUUUAAACAUUCCUAUUACAGUUUCUGGUGGUGUUGCGGAGUCCUCUCCUUUACUUAAUAUAUCGAUUAGUUUGGUGGAAUUAAGAGCGGCUCUAGAGAGCGUAGAAAUAGUUCAUAAAUCAAUAGUGCUCGUGCCUUCUUCACUCGUGGUUUAG